CUGACAGGUGUCGCUGAAGUUGACACUUGCAGCGGCGCAUCCCUUUUUUAUUUCUUUAUUUUUUUGUUGUCAUCAACCGGAAUAACGCAAAAGAGGCUGUGACUUGGCGGUCAUUCCGCUCCCACUGAUCCCGUGGUUGUCCCAGCCUCGGCCACCAGAGCAGCAGCGCCCGUGCCUCUCCUCCUCCCCGCUGUGACUAGCAGCUGUGUGGCAAAGGCAGAAAAAAAUGGGGCGCAAGCUGGACCUGUCAGGUCUUACAGACGGCGAGGCAGAGCAUGUCUUGAAAGUGGUCCAGCGUGACAUGAAGCUGCGAAAGAAGGAGGAGGAGAGGCUGAGUGAGAUGAAGCAGGAGCUGGCAGAGGAAGGCAGCAGAUGCUCCAUCCUCUCCAAGCAGCACCGUUUCAACGAGCACUGCUGCAUCCGCUGCUGCGCGCCCUUCACCUUCCUGCUCAACCCAAAGCGCCAGUGUCUGGACUGCCAGUACAACGUCUGCAAGACCUGCUGCACCUACAGCAAGAGGGACAAAGCCUGGCUGUGCUCAGCGUGCCAGAAGGGCAGAAUUUUUAGGACGCAGUCUCUCGAAUGGUAUUAUAACAAUGUGAAGAGCCGCUUCAAGAGGUUCGGCAGCGCCAAGGUUUUGAAGACUCUGUACAGAAAGCACAUUAUUGAGAGAGGAGCACUUUUUGAUCUCCCAGAGAGCAGCGUUCAAGAGGGAAGCAACGACAACGAUGGCAGCAUCUGCGGCAGCGACUCCGUCUUUUACAAGCAGAGCGAAGGACACAGUAUGGCAGAGACGCUCACUGUGGCGCUUCGUGUUGCUGAGGAAGCUAUAGAAGAGGCCAUCGCAAAAGCAGAAGAGUUCCCCGACAGCCUGGAGAAGCAGAAUGAGGCUCGGUAUCUGCAGGACCACAAAGAGGAACUCAUAGAGGAACUCGCUACAACAAUUGUGCAGAAAAUCAUUCAGAGGAGAAAGCGCUCAGAGAUGCAGACAGAGUAUGACUUUGUCUGGCCUCAGCCUCAGUCUCUGAUCCAGCCCAGUGAUCUGCCCUCUCUUUCUCAGCCUCAAGCGUCAUCGCAAGACCCCAUCAAGCCCUCCCACGCUCUCUCGCGGUCACGGUCGGCGUUUUCCCUCACCAGUGACGACUCUCCAGAGAAGGGUCCAGAGGAGGAAGCUGCAGGGGCGGACGGUGGCGGUGCCGGGGGCUUGCAGGAGUACACUUCUCUAAAGAGGGAGGCCAAGGUUACGUCACUACCCACCUGGAAAAGCAUGGAUCGCCUAGACAACUCAAGUGCAUCGUCGGUGCUCCAGAGCCCAGAUGGCAAUUGGAUCGCUCUGCACAGCUCUCAACUGUCUCGGCCCAGCCUGCUCACCAAGAGGAAGAGCCUGGUGUUCAGCGUGCUCGAAAAGGAGUCCAACGUUGUCUCCGCUUACGAUGAGAUGGGAUCCGACUCUGAUGUGGAGGAUGAAGGCGGCUGGAGUUCAGCGCUGCGACAGUUCCGCCGCAAACUGUCAGACGAGACCUACUACACAGACUCACAGCACGACCCGGAGUGGACUUACACCCAGCACCUUCCCGUUACCUCGCCGUCCUCCGGCCAGUACACCAACACGGAAACUCUCAACUCGGACUCCGAGGCAUCGUCCGUGGUGUCUGCAUGUCCUCGCAAACCCCCUCACCACCUGAUGAGGAAGAAGGGACCACCGGAUAACUACCUGCACCCUCAUCAGCAGCUGCUCUACCACCAACAGAACUUUGCUCCAUACCCAACCCACUCAGAGGCACUGGAUGUAAACUUUAAUCCCAAGGUGUUGGGAGACAGCAGUGAGGGUGAAGAGCAGCAGUGUGACCCUGUCAGAAGAUCACGGAGGAGAAGAAAAAGCAAAAGGGAGUCAUCAACAGAGCAGAGCAGGCCUGGAGGCCAGAGCCAUGCACAGUCCAUCUUCCCUUUUGCACAGGAAAACAGUGGUUUUCUACUCAACGCCCUGCUAAAGAGGGGUUUAAGUGAGGAGCACCCGGUACCUGACAGCACGCCAGCAGCCACGGUUGCACCAGACACCCUAAAAUUGGAUGCCAUGACACCCGAGCCAGUAGACUUUGAUACAGCGGCUCUGAAAUCCCCAAUCACCAACAUUACUCAGGCCCACUCUUCGCCUUCAGGGCCAAAGAUCUUUUCUUGCAGCUUGGAUCUUGGACCCGGCUGUGAAGAAGCACUGGAGGAAGACAUGGAAUCCAGGAUCAGCCAGCUGGUCACCCACGGCGACAGCAAAGACAGCAGCUCCUCCGACGAGAAGUACGCAAAAUUGUCUGUGGACAAACAGGUGGACAAAGAAAGUGAGAGACCGAAAGAGAUAUCAAGACAAAGGAAGUGGGCAAGUGAAAAGAGAGGAAAAGAAAGCGAACUGGUGGAGCAAGUGAAUGGACAAGAGAUCAGAAGAGGUUUGAGACAAGUGAGAAGUGCUUCGGUGCGAGAGGAAGGAAGGUUUCGGGAGAAGAGGUUGGAGAGAGGAGAAGGGAGUUUUGAAGAGAAUGUAUUUGAGCAAGAGCAGAGGAGAGGAGAAAAGAGAGACUUGAACAGACAAAGUAAGAGACAGCAUAAAAGAGAUGUGGAGAAAGAAGCUGGGCAAAAACAUGCAGCCAGAAGGAGCGGGUCCAGUGCAAGUUCACCUGCUGUUACACCUUGUUCCCAGGAGGGGGCGCUGUCAAACAACCAGAUGGGACAGAAUGACCUGGAACCACAGCAGAGGCUUCAGUUGCUGUCCUCUGUCUUACAGCAGCAGAAGUACUCAGCAGCGUCGCUCUGCAGCAUCACCACGGAGGUGCUGAAGGUUUUGAACGCUACAGAGGAGCUCAUCGGGGAGGCAGGACGCGAGAGCUACACCCCCUCAGAGUCCAUGAGCGCCUCUCCCAUCUCCAGCUGCUCUGAGACCCGCAGGCUGGACCAGAGGCUCACCAAGAUGGAGGAGAACGUGUACCUGACGGCUGGGGCUGUGUAUGGUCUGGAGGGGGCGCUGGGAGAGCUGGAGCAAUGCGCCCGCGGUAUUAACUGUUCAACUACAGACACGGAGCUGGCAUUCCUGGAGGACCAAGUGGCCACUGCAGCAGCUCAAGUCCAGCAGUCUGAACUACAGGUCUCAAACAUUGAGGCCAGGAUAUCAGCGCUGAAAACAGCUGGGCUAAAUGUCGCCGCCUGCAAUCGCUUCUCUAAGUUCCAGCCAAAGUCCAAGCCCGAAACCCUGGACUCAUCACGUCAUCAGAGGAGGAAACUUCCAGCGCCUCCGCUCAAAGAGAAGUUGGAGUCGGAGCAGCAGGUGGCCGUCUCUCGGCCACAGUGACAGGCAGCAGCACAAGUCCCUCAGGGCCGGGGACGGGGCUCCUUCACAUCCAGUGCCUUGACGCAGCGUCUGCCUCCAGCUCUAGGCCAAGCAGGAGCCAACACCCGCCCUGUGUGCUCCGCUCAGCACUCAUCCCUCAAUCAACCACAUCAGUCCCUCCUCACAGAAAACAGGACUGGCUCUUUCCCUUCUUCCCCCUCUUCCCUCUCCAGUCCUUCACUGCUAACAAGAUACGUCAUCUGAGGGUGACUCAGCAGUCGAUGUGUCUGCCUUAAAAUCUGCAAACACUCCUCACGAUGCAUACGACUCAAAAACAUCUCUUUCUCUCUUUCUUUGUGACAAAGAAAACAUGCAUUUACUUUUUCAAUCUGUUUGCAAGAGUGUUGUGAUUUGAUGUACAAUGAAGCUGUGGAGAAAAUAAGAAACAAACUAACAAAAAAACAUGUGAAACUUUAUGUGAUUCAUUUGUCCCAAAAAGAGACUGAGCCAGAUUUUAUACUGCAUCUUCUUUCUUACCAAAUAAAAUGAUAUUCAGAGCUUUCUUUCUUCUCAGACACACACAGCAGCUGACAGGCUGUAACUGUCUGUUUGAUGAUUGUAAAAUGUUUUUCUAUUUUAACAAUAAAAAAAGACAUUAUCCACUCAUCUAUAAAGAGUGUAGAAAAAUGAGAUGAAUCAGGCCUAAAUGUUUGUCCUUUUCUGUGACGAUGAUGUGCUACAGCAAUGAAGGACUUCGAAGCACAUGAGAAAUGUCAGUCUACACUCUAGUGCACAGAUAUAAUCAUUUUUGAAAGGAAGGUUUGCCAUUUUGGAUUUAAUUUUUCUCGUUUCUGCCCGGUUAGAAAUAAACGCAUGUCUCUUCUAUUAGUGAGUUAAAAAAAAUGGUGGAAAUAAAUUGACUUCUAGCAGCCAAUAAAUUUAGUUAACAGUUUGGGGGGCAAUAAUCAUAUCCAUAAUCUAGCUCCCACAUGCCUCUGUUUUAGUUCAGUUCUGGUCUUCAGCAAAUCCUCAUUAUUAUAAAGUGAUUAUGCUCCACUCCAUCCACCAGCUCGCUGCCAACUGCAGCAGCUUUACCCUCCAACAGUAUUGUAGGUUUUAAAGUUUUAACAGCGUUGUGACAGCAAAACAAGUCAUGAGAUCCUGCAUAUUUCAUAGCUCUGUGUGCUGUUACUUUUUGAUUAAUCCACUUACUGUAAAGUUGUUUCCAUUCAUGUCUGAAGAAAAAGACCCACAACAAGCUCAAUGCAAUGUCUACAAGAUCCAACAUCUGGCUUCGGUCUCAAAAAUGUCUUUAUCUCAGUCCUUUUUUCUUCUUUUUUUACUUUCAACAUUUGUGGCCUUUGAUUUGAACGAAGUGUAAUUUCAUGUUACUUUUGUGUUGCAUUCAGAAAAUCUUAUAUAUAUAUAUCAAAUGCCAUGAAACCAUGAUUUUGUUACGAGCAAUUUAUUUUUGUAUCUACUGAACGUUUUUAUGCAAUACCACUGAAUACUGCAAACUAAAGGCUUUAUCCUCUGCUAAAAUGAACCCCUCUCAGUCAGUCUCUCACAUGUGUGAUGACUCAAAGUGCUUUCAGUGUAAGCCUGCAUUUACCUUUUCAUUUUGUUGUUGUUGUUUUAUCAAUAAUGAGGGUAAAUGCUACAAAAAGCACAGGCGACAAUAUUAGAAGAGGCCAGUGUGAAUCAGACAGAACUCCUUAAAUAUUAGAUUUGUGAAGACUGCCUUUUUAUUUUUGGCUGAUUUUUCUUUGCCCCCUGACAGCUUCUGUUAAUUAGGAUCUGAUUUAGUCAUAAAUAUGCUUGUUUUUGCUUCGGUUAACCUUAAAAGCCGGACUGGGUUUCCUGACGUAUUGCAUGAAAGGUGUGAUGAUGAUGAUCCCCCGUAUGAAUGCUCUGCACCUUUCUAUUUGGUGACCUCUUCAGCGCAGGUUUCCGUAUCCUUAGGUUUGCAUAUUGAUCCCGUACUUUCGUCAGUCUUGUUCUCUGGAGGUGUUGUUGUAUAAAAGCAUGUUUCUGGUUUUAUCGAAUUGAUGUAACAUUUCCCAUGAGAAGCACAUCCACAAGGGUCCAAUCAUCAGUGUUCUGUAUUUUUCUAAUGUAAAAAAUAAUAAUAGUAACAAUAAUAUCACAUCACAGAAUUUGUUAAUAUGUGUAUAUGUGUGGAAAAGAUUAUAUAAUAUAGAGUAAUGUUGUUUAUUGCCCAAUCACAGUUGACGAAUCUUUCAGUGUUGUGUGCAAAAGAUUGUAAAGUGGUCAGGACUCAUGAGGCUGGAUUCACACAGGAAGUCAAACAUACUGUUGCAACAUUGUUAAGGAAAAAAAAAACAAAUGUUCCUCUUUGUUCCUGUUUAAAUCCAGUUUGAAUGACUAUGAAGAGGUUUACUGUGCACAGCUCCACAGACGGGCCACUCACUUUUCUUGUGCAAUCGUUUGUUGCAAUCCAUAUGACAUGUUGGGGAAAAUAUUAUCAAGCAAAAAAUGCAGAUUCUCUAUGUGCCACAAUAUUCUGAGAAAUAAAAUGUAUUAUGAAACAAAUAAAAUUUGCCAACUUUGCUAAAUAUCUUGUAU